ACGCAUCAUAAUGUUUGGGCCACGGCCACUACGCCUCGUGUAAUGCCCUUCACACUGGACGAAGAAAAGCUCCAUGGGAAACACUAUUUUGGAAACCCUAACGAAGUUUUUUGAGCUGUUUGAUUCUUCUUCUCCUUAUUCUUCUUCUUCUUCUGCUUCCCGGUUGUUACUCGAGGGACGAACGUGGGAGCGGGCUUAGAAGUGGAAGACAAAGAGAGCUUCGAUCGUCGUCGAUUGCUGGUCUGCAAAUCAUUGCCCUCCGAUUCUGCCGUUUUGUAGCUGUUGCACUUGGUCAUGUCCACUCUCGAAAUUGAAGCACGCGAUGUCAUUAAAAUAGUGCUGCAGUUCUGUAAGGAGAACUCCUUGCAGCAGACUUUUCAGACACUGCAAAAUGAGUGUCAGGUUUCCCUCAACACUGUGGACAGUCUUGAGACAUUCACAGCAGACAUAAAUAAUGGCCGCUGGGAUGCCGUGCUGCCUCAAGCGGCCCAGCUCAAGCUUCCUCGCAAGAAGUUGGAGGACUUGUAUGAGCAGAUUGUCCUGGAAAUGAUAGAGCUUCGUGAGUUGGAUACUGCCAGGGCCAUUUUGAGGCAAACGCAAGCCAUGGGUUUUAUGAAACAAGAACAGCCUGAGCGUUAUCUCAAGCUUGAGCAUCUCCUUGUUCGCACCUACUUCGAUCCUCGUGAGGCUUAUCAAGAAUCAUCCAAGGAGAAAAGACGCGCUCAAAUUGCUCAGGCUCUCUCUGUCGAGGUCACCGUUGUACCCCCAUCCAGACUGAUGGCUUUGAUCGGUCAGGCAUUGAAGUGGCAACAACAUCAAGGUCUAUUGCCACCAGGCACACAGUUUGAUCUUUUCAAAGGCGCUGCUGCUGUGAAGGCUGAUGAGGAAGAAAUUUAUCCAACAGUCCUUGAUCACACAAUCAAGUUUGGGAAACAAAGUCAUCCAGAGUGCGCGCGGUUUUCUCCUGACGGACAAUUCCUCGUUUCUUCUUCAGUUGAUGGGUUUAUAGAGGUUUGGGAUUAUUUGACGGGGAAACUGAAGAAGGAUUUGCAAUAUCAAGGAGCUGAUACGUUCAUGAUGCACGAUGAGGCAGUUUUAUCCAUCGCCUUCAGUAAGGAUUCCGAGAUGCUUGCUUCUGGAUCUCAAGAUGGAAAAAUUAAGGUAUGGAGGAUACGUACUGGACAAUGUUUGCGGAGAUUUGAACGGGCACAUGGUCAGGGCGUAACAAGUGUUAGUUUUUCUAGAGAUGGUGCUCAAGUCCUGAGUUCAUCAUUCGAUGGCACAGCACGGUUACAUGGAUUGAAGUCUGGGAAAACUUUGAAAGAGUUUCGGGGCCAUACGUCAUAUGUUAAUGAUGCCAUCUUCACAAGUGAUGGUACCCGAGUGAUAACCGCCUCCAGUGAUGGUUCUGUGAAAGUUUGGGACUUGAAAACCACGGAUUGUUUACAAACUUUUAAACCCCCGCCUCCAUUGCGAGGGGGUGAUGCAACAGUCAACUCCGUACACCUCAUGCCUAAGAAUCCGGAGCAUAUUGUUGUGUGCAAUCGAGCAUCUGCUAUUUAUGUUAUGACUUUACAGGGCCAGGUUGUGAAGAGUUUGUCUUCGGGAAAACGAGAAGGAGGUGACUUUGUAGGUGCUACUGUUUCCCCGAAAGGGGAUUGGAUAUAUUGUGUUGGUGAAGACCGGAACAUCUAUUGCUUUAGUCAUCAUUCAGGCAAGCUUGAACAUCUCAUGACGGCUCAUGACAAAGACAUUAUUGGAGUGACUCAUCAUCCUCAUCGUAAUUUGCUAGUGACGUACAGUAAUGACAAUACUAUGAAACUCUGGAAACCGUGAAUCUGAGCUACUUGUACAAUUUUUAAUGUUUCUGAACUCUUGUGCCCUUCUUUUCCAA